UUUUGACUUGUUUGGUGAAUUGUCUUUCUUCCUAAAAGAUUCUGUUCCAACCAGAUAAAAAGGACUGGACUGAUUUUGUAAACAAACCUCUUUACAAUCAUAAUUGUUACCAUUCAACCGCUACUAGCGAUCGUUAGCGAAAAGGAAAAGAUGACGCACAUUUUAACAAAUCCGGGUUAUCCAAAUAGCCUUCGCUUUCGCUCCAAGUCUGUUGAUGUACUGAGAGAGCACGAGAAACGAAAAGAGGGACCUCCAAAGACGGAACUCGACAAAAUUCGCAGCCUUUCUCGGCAAUCUUGGAAGGAUACUUGGCAAGACCCUGGAAAUCCGCUGCCUCGCGUGAAAAGCAACCAUUUCGUUACCACAUACUCAACAACUCACAACUACAGAGCGCUUCGGGAACUUACUCCUUGUCGUCCAACCUCGCCGACAAGAAGAAAUAAUCCGCAUCCAACGAGGUCUGUAGUGUCUUUGUUUGUGGAAGUGUUUAUAUAUAUCAAUUUAUCGGCCAUAGGUUUGGCAAGUUACCUACAAGUAUUUCUGACCUUUUGAAUUUUAAAACAUACUCUAGGUCAUUGCGUUCUUCAUGUAAAGAAUAUUUAGUGGUUCCAAGAAGCAGAUUGAAAACAUAUGGAGACAGAGCUUUCUCUAUUGCAGGACCUAAAUUGUGGAAUGAUUUACCUCUAGAGAUUAGGAAAUGUGCUUCAGUGGCAACUUUUAAGCAAUCCCUUAAAACUUUUUUAUUUAAGUUAGCAUAUAGGUUAUGAGAUUCCUUUUGUAUUUUUUUGUUUUUUUUGUAAUUAGGUAGCGCUUUGGCCAAUUAUUGGAUUUUAGCGCUAUAUAAAUAAAAUUAUUAUUAUUAUUAUUAUUAUAAGUGGCAACAUUAUAUAGUGUUUAGAGUAUGCAAGAAUAGUGUUUUUGAAGGGUACUGCUGGUGUAGAAUGUUCAAAUUUUUCUGUUAUUAAAAAUCUUCAUAUUUAGUUCGGGAACGCCAGCAUCUAUCCUGUUGCUCUAAGCACAUAAAAAAAGUAAACUUAACACCGGGCGAGAAGGGGCAAGAGGAUCUGGGAUUUUGGGGGCCUGGGGGGAAGGGAUGAUAGAUAGCAGUAGGAUUCCUCAACAAGUGCUUCUCCCAGCAUUCUAGAUUCCGGUAUACCCUUUGAUUGGCAGGUUUUGAUAUUUAUCAUUGAUACUCAAAGCAAACUUGAUGUAUGAAAAAAUAAGACCUCACUCAUCACUCGCUUGCGAUAGAGUCGGAGUCAUAAAAAGUCAGAGCCGCAAGAUGUUACCAUCUAGUGAAAACAGCGUUCUGAUGACUCCGUUGCUUAUGAUCAAGUGAAAACUAGGUUGUUGGAGUUGUAAGCAGAGGCAGAUGAUCAAACUAAAGUAAUCACAAAAACUGGGAAUGUGCAUGGUGAUUGGUUUAUCCUUCCGCCUCCAAUAAUCUGGUUUUCACUAGUUCUGAUUCUUUCGACUGCGAUCGAAUCUGUCGUGCUUAUGACUCUGCUCACAUCUCCAGUUUUUGAUUUUCACCAAGUCAUAAGCACUCUUUGCGGCUCCGAUUAUGACUCUGACUCAGUCGCUAGUGAAACCCAGCCUUACAGGUGUCCAUAAUGAUAAACUUUAUGGUAGACCCUGAUAGUGUACUUUGUAUAUGAUCAUACACGGUGGAACCUCAGCCUGCAUGGCUGGCAUUUGAAAGGGAAGGAGAAGGAGAUUCCUGGCAUGGUAGAAGCAUGCAAAUGUUCCCCUUCUCCAGUCUCCUUUGCAAUUGUGGUCGAUCUAGUGCCCAAAUUCCCUUCGUCUUCCCUGAAGAAUGCCUGCCAUGCCGCUAGGCUAGUGAAACUCCGACUAAUACAGUGGUGGAUUCAGGGGGACGGUCUGGGGGGUUCGGACCCUCCCUAUCAGACCUGAUGCUUCUUUGAGACUGAAAUUCUUACAUCAACAGGAUCGUAUAUCACUUUUUAACUGGCUGACUUUUUUAAUAAAAUGCCCUUGCAUUUUGCCACUUUAAAACUAAAUUCCAGGGAUAUUCAAAAAUGCAAUGUUUUUUGGGUACUCUCCUAUGAUCUGGACCCCCCAAUCAAAAAUUCCUGGAUCUUCCCCUGUAAUAUAAUUGUAAUUUCCACUUGUAAAAGUUUUAUGGAGUUCAUACACCAUGUUAAUUAUCUACUAAUAAUUAGAUAAUUAACCUGGUGUAUGAACUCCGUUUUCCUCUCUGAAAAGUGUUAAUUAUUAAUACUUUUCAGAGAGGAAAGCAGUGUUUUUAAGAUUCCUUAUUUCUUCUUCCUAUAUGAAUUUUUCUGCAGAUCAUUCUUGCGUCUUCAGUUGAGAGAAGCUAAAGGGUUUCCAAAAGCAAAAGAAAAGCCUGGACAGGACCCUUAUGAUGGUAAGUUAUUGAUAGGUUGAAUACGCAGUCAGUCAAGUUGUUCUCAUUCAGCCUUAAGGCUAGUUUACCUGGCUCCGGUUGUUAAGUGCUAUCCACUGGAUAAAUCACAAAACGGGGGGAUAAGUAUUAGGGACAACAAUAAUGCGUUAUUCACGGGAUAAAGAUUUAUCCAGUGGAUAGCAUUAUCCACCUUUUAAACAUUACUGGGCCGUGGAGCUAGGAUGUAAGCAUUAACAUGCUGUGGAGAUCUUAUGCAGUCUCAUUAUAAUCAUAUAAGUGUCUUGAGUUAAUGACAGGCACUUAUGAUCAGUGGCUGAUCCUGGAGAUCUGGACCCCCUUCCUGAAAGCACCCAUGGGUCCUAGCCUGCGUCAGGGAUCUAAUUUAACUCUGUUAGUAACAUCUACAAAGCAGCGCCAAGAUCCUAGUUCUGGGCCCCCAAAUGACACAACAAAUUCCUGGAAGUGGGUUUCUAAUUUCCUUUCAUAUCUUGAUUGGCAAAUCAACAGUGGCUUGUUGAACAGGCCAAUCAUGGCACAUACUCAAAUCCUGGUACACAGGUGGGGCCCAGAACAAGGAUUUUGGUGCUGUUUCACAGAUGGACUUGACCAGAGUUUAGUUUCCUCUGUGGUGCAGGCUAAUCAUCAGCCAUGCCAAGAAUUUUAAUCAAUGACGAAGUGUGACUAUUUUAAGGUUCAACUAGCAGUGAUGUUAUUGAACUUCUCAGUAAGAAAUAAUGUCCACAUCCCUUCAAAAGGAAGAAAGCAUGAGUACACAAUUGGAACAAAAUGAAAAUGUCACAAACUUUGACCAAGAUAUAACUGAGAAAAAAAAAUUUAAAAUGAAAUUAGCACGUACAGUGUAUGACAAUCUAAGAAACUAUUUGGUUUUUUGAUCUAUGCAUAUGGAUUAGUGUAGCUACCUGCGAGCAUGUUAAAAUUGUAUCUCAAACUAAAAAACAGGUUAAAAUUGUAAGUAAGAAAUAUCUAUGAUUUCCUAAUGUUUCUAUUCUAGUUGGUUACAAACCAGAUGAACCAAACCAUGCCCAACAGACAAUGUAUUACACCUUAUGGGAAAUGAAAGAUAUGCAGAAAAGAGGAACAGAUGAGGUAAGACAAAAAUAAUGUUCUUUAAGUGUAGAGAAAAAGGGUAAUUAAAAAAAGUCUAAUAUACAAAAUAAUAUGGUUUAGAGGAAAUAUAAUGGACAGGAAGAGAGCUUACUGUUGCAAUAUUUUAUUAGCACAUAAUACAGUCAAACCCUGUUAGCCCUUUAAGCCCUAAGAGUGACCAGCUUCAAAUUUCUCCUUGUAAUAUCAAUGCUUUGUAAAACAGAGUGGUCAUGAGAAUUGCGAACAUGAUCACACAGGAUGAAUUUGCUUGAUAUUUCAUGAACCUCUCCCCACUACUUCUAUAGUAAAUGAGUAGCCAGUAGGGGCAACAAAUGAGAAUUCAAAUUUUGAUCUUAGGGUUUAAAAGGUUAAUAAAGACACUCAAGGAGCCAAAGAAAGUGUCCCUAUUAACAGGACGCCCAUAGUAAGCGGGUUGAGUUUAGGUAAAAAUAUGACAGUCACUGCUUUCUUUCCCCAGGAGCAAAGCAAACUGUCCUGAAUAAUGAGAUGUCCACAAGUUUUCAGAUUUGUUGAAGAUCUAAAAAGGCUAAAUUCAAGUUCCAUUAACAUUUAUUUCUAGGCCCUUCUAAAAGCUGUCAUGAACCCAAGAGCCAUACCAGCAACACAAGCCUGGGUGAAAAAUGCUUCCUUGAAAGGUAUUUUUAUUUGGUAAUCUGUUCAUGCAGUAAUAAAUACACAAAAUAAUAUUAUCACUGACCUGGAAGUUUUUGUCAUUUUUAAUUGUAGUUCUAAAUGUAAUUUUUUCUUGAGAUAAUGUAAUGUAAGUUAUCACACUUCUUUGUAAUAAUAACAAUAAUAAUGAUAAUAAUAAUAGACAUUUUUCUUCCAUAAGAACCAUUACAUGUAUUUCAAUCAAAAUAAGAAAGGCAUUAUUUGUUUACUGAAAAAUACUUAAAUUUUAUCAUUUUAUCAGACAAGAAGAUUGUCACCAACAUGUUGAAUGACGCAUGUGACUCAGCUGAAAUGGAAAGGGUAAGAUAUUUACUUAGACACCAUGCCAGUUUGUUACAAUAAACCGUUUAUGAAAGUAGAAAUGAUCCUCACAGUUGAAUAAACAACCUGAGCUGUUGAAAAAAUGCCUGAAAAAAUUCAGGCUUGACCAGGAAUCGAACCCUGACCUUUGCGAUGACUGGGCGCAAUGCUCCAUCCAUUAAGCUAAUCAAGCCAACUGGAGUGCAGGCCACUUAUAUCUUUAUCAGCAGUUCAAAAUAUGAGUCAUUUCAUGUCUCCAUUUAAUACAUGUAAACAGUUUGUUUAUGAACGGGUCCUUAUUUCAUUGUGAUUUUCCUUCACUUGAACAGACAGUUACUUCAACAUUCAAACCUGAUGUUGUCCCAGCUGUUAACCGGUGGUUAAAGAAAGCUGGAAAUGAAGGUAAACUAGUUCUAGCUUGUCCAGUGGGGUGUCUUUUAACACAGAAUCGACUGAAUCUUGUCCAGUUUUGACUUUUCUUUGCUUUGAAACACACCAUAAAAUCACAUUUACAUUUAUGAAUCGCCAUCUCGUUCUCAAGCUCAAUUGGAUAAGAGCUUAGAAGCCUGCUGAGUGGCAGACUGCAGGUUCAAACUCCGGCUGGACCAACACUCAGGGUUUUAAGUAACUGAGAAGAAAGUGCUGCCUUUUUACUGUAAAGACAUAUGCAACAGGGUUAGACUUUCUUGUCUUCUCAGAUAAGGAUGAUAAACCUAAGGCCCCAUCUCACAAGCCUUGCUUCAUCAUGCAAUAAAUUCUGUGGCAGGUUAAAGAACCAACACACUCUUCAUAAAGAGUAGGAGAUGUAGUCUCCGGUGUGAUUGCCUAUCUCAACUUCACACUUACAUAGGGGUCGUCAACACUCAUCUCUUUACCAUGAGCAGUCUGGCAAAUUUCCCCGACCAGAGUUGUAAAUUAUCCCUGAAAAGCCCCAAGGGGGAGUGAAUAAUAAGAUAUUUACAAUUUACAAUCUCUUCGUUUUGUAGAGCAACAAGCAGUAAUGAGGUUAAUCCGAACCUUGGCUUCAGAUCCAGUACAUGAGGGCACAAUUGAUCCGCACUACACCGGCCAGCAGAACCCAGACCGGUACAUCUUAGGAACCUACAGAUUACGCCAACCAGAUACCAAGGGAUUGCAUAUCAAAGUGCAAAAUCGUUUCCCUAAAAAAUCUCAUUUUCAGGCACAUCCUGCCUGGCUGCAGACAUAAAAUAAUUGUUUCUGCUGUAUCUAUAAACAGUUGCAUCACCAGUGCAGGGUGAAAGUCACUUCUUUAGCUACUUUUGAACAUGUAAUGUAGCAUCUUUCAUUAACUCUACAAAGUGGCCAAAAUAAUGAAAUCAAACUUGCUAAAUUUAUACUUUGACUUUUUGUUCAACUUUACAAUAUUUUCCUUCUGUAAGCAAAGGAUUUUCACCAUGUUCUGGUUAUUCCAAAAAGUUCUAAAACCUAAAGAUGUAGGUGGUUAUGUGACACCUUUUUCAAACUAAAAUUUUAACCUAGAAGAAAGGAUUUUUCCUUUACAGGCUGUGUUAUUGGUAAAAAAAGAAAAAAUGUUUUAGUAAAUUAUGUUAGCAUUUUAUAAAUCACACCUGUACUCCAAGGCCUUGAAUAAGUUUAUGGGACCUUUCCUUUUUCUCAAAGUAAUGCUUGUAUAUCCUGAUAGUCAGUUAUCUUCACCACUUUGAUAAAUUCAGUGAAAAUAUGCUCUGGUUUUUACCAUUAAUUUUUUUUUUGAAUUUGAAUAUUUAUUUGUUUGUAGUUGUGAAGAAGAAAGAGUUUUCCUGGUCAACUAUGGAAUUAAAUAAGUUUACAUAUUAAAAUUUCCAAAAUUUUCAAAAGAUUUAUUUGUACAAUUCAGAUGUGUGUCC